AUGCAGCAUGGGUCUGUGACAGCCGAGAUACCCACGGACGACAGGUCUGCCGGGCUCUCACGAUGGGAAUCGAUCAAGGGUCAUUUUCAUAUGAGGCCGGCUGAAGACGAUGAGCCGCAGACUUGGUGGAUUGCCUCUACGACUAUUCCUCUUAUUGCAGCUGCGACGGGUCCACUUGCUAAUGUUAUGUCGAUUGUUGCGCUGAUUCAGCCUUGGCGAAAUGAUAUUAUUUCUAAGACUCCAGGUCGAGCUGGGAAUUAUUUGGAGGAAGGAUAUCCGGAUCCUCCUUGGGCCAUUGCUCUAAAUGCUGUUUCACUUUUCUGUGGCGUUGUGGGAAACAUCUUUCUGCUUUUCAACUUUACGCAAGUCAUUCGAUACAUUGUCGCGCUACCGGUUACUAUCAUUCUGUGGUUCAUCGCUACGGGAAUUCUUUGUGGGAUUACAGCAGCCAUGAGUGUUUAUGCACCACCAGUCGGCCCCGACCAUGUCUACUCACAAGGAUUUUGGAGCGCCGUGAUUGCAGCAUGUCUCUAUUUCUUCUUAAGCGGCAUCUUGAUGAUCAAUAUGCUGGGAUACUUCCUAGGAAGAUACCCGCAGCACUUCGCACUAACCGACGAACAACGUACAUUGAUUCUCCAGAUGACUGCAUUUGUGAUUUGGCUAUUAAUUGGAGCGGCCAUCUUCCAAAGCGUACUUGAUAUCUCCUUUGCCGAUGCGUUAUACUUCUGCGAUGUCACCGUUCUGACCUUGGGAUUCGGUGACAUAACUGCCAUCACACCUGUUGGUCGAGGUCUCAUCUGGCCAUAUGCAGUCAUUGGAAUUAUCAUGUUAGGAUUGGUUGUUGGAAGCAUUCAUAAGUUUGCCCGUGAAGUUCACUACGAGAACGUGAUCCGGAAACACAUCGAGCAGAAACGGGUAUCAACAUUCAAUCGAUCGGUCAGCUUUGGCGAGCUCACAGUCUCCGAAGGGAAGAUCCCCAUCCGCGGUACGGAAGUCGCUCCCCCGACUCCUACUCGAUCGAAGUCCAAAAGCUCUCACCAUCACCACCGCCAUGGACCAAUUCGCACCAGAAUCAAUGCCAUUGCCACAGGCCGUCGACCCAGACUACUUGUAAUGCGCGAAGAAAAAGAUCGAUUUGACGCCAUGCGCCGCAUCCAAUACGACACAAUACGCUUCCGUCGCUGGAACAACCUGAUAAUCAGCAUAGUCGCAUUCGGAAUUGUAUGGUCAUGCGGUGCAAUAGUAUUCUGGCAACUCGAACAAAUGUCCUACUACGAAUCCCUGUAUUUCUGCUUCUGCUCACUAUUAACAAUUGGCUACGGUGACAUCACACCCCAGUCGAACGCAGGAAGACCCUUCUUCGUGCUGUGGUCACUAAUCGCCAUCCCAACGAUGACAAUACUCAUCUCCCAAAUGAUCGAUACAGUCGUUGCAAGUUUCAAGCAUGCAACCAAUAAAGUGGGCGACUACACCGUUCUCCCUCAGUCAGGCAUCUACAAAUCCUUCUUUAGCCGGAUUCCUGGCGUUACAAAGCUCCUCGCUUCCCGCCAAGAAAAGAAGCGAGUGAAACGCGGAUUCGCGCUUGAAGGAGGUGAAAAUGGCGAUGUAGGACAUGGGCGCGACUCAGGUGAUAUCAAUCGACCUACCCGUCUCGGCAAGGUAGCCGGUGAACAUCCACACCCAACGCUGGAGGAACUAGCCCGUGACCCAUCACCACUCGAACUAGUCCAGCAGCUUGCCUUUGCCCUUCGUCGUGCGACGGAACAUGUACGCGAGGGCAAGCGGAAACGAUACGGUUAUGAGGAAUGGGUUGAGUUUACACGGUUGAUUCAGUUUACGGAUCCGCGGACGAGGCCGUCUUCUUCCGCGAGUCGAUCACCCGGUGCGCAGGAUCCUGUAAAUAUGAAUGAAGAUGAGUAUGGAUUGCUUAAUUGGGAUUGGAUUGGUGAGAAUAGUCCCAUGUUGGCUACGCAGACGGAGCCCGAAUGGGUUCUUGAACGGUUGUGUGAGAGCUUGAUUCGGUAUGUGUCGACUCAGGUGAGUCGUGCUGCUGGGGAUGGUGAUGGUGCUGAUUCCGAGGAGGUGACUCUUCAGAAAGAGAGAGAUAUUGGAUUGGAUGAAUGA